UCAUGCCUUCUGCAGGUAAGAGAAAGCUUUCUGGAAGCAAGUGGAUAAUGUUAAUCAUGUCUUCUAAAUGUGUUCUAAACGGAAUUAUUUAUAGACAGAUUCGUGUAGGUUUUUAAAAAGUUCUCUUUCAGGUUUGUUAACCCCAAGGCCACAAUGGUGCUAAAUCCAGUCAUUUCUAAGCUCUCUGGUAAACUGGUGGUGUUGGCCAGUUCCUCUCCUAGAAGACUGGAGAUACUGCGAAAUGCGGGGCUGCGUUUCGAGGUUGUGCCGUCUUGGUUUAAAGAAACUCUUGAUAAGGGGCUUUUCAAAGCCCCUCAUGAGUAUGCUGUCGAGACAGCCAAGCAGAAGGCAUUGGAGGUGGCCAGGAGGAUGACGAUUAAACACUUGAAAACCCCUGACGUGGUAAUUGGUGCAGACACAAUUGUGACUGUUAAUGGCAUGAUUCUUGAAAAGCCUGUUGAUAAGCAGGAUGCUUACAGGAUGUUAUCAAGUUUGAGCGGUAAAGAACACAGUGUGUUUACUGGAGUCGCUAUUGUCCUGUGUCACGAUAAAGACAAUGAUGAAGUUGACUACCAGUUAAUAGACUUCUAUGAGGAAACAAAGGUUAAGUUUGCAGAGCUCUCAGAGGACAUGCUAUGGGAAUACAUCAAUAGUGGUGAACCUAUGGACAAAGCUGGGGGCUAUGGCAUCCAAGCUCUCGGGGGCAUGCUGGUGGAGUACGUCCAUGGAGACUUCUUAAACGUCGUUGGGUUUCCUCUCAACCACUUCUGCAAACAGCUAGGGGUUAUUUACAACCACUGCUCUUUCUUUACCCCCGACACAACUGAAACCGUCAACCUCAGCGUCAGCGACUCUCUUUCCACCUCCAUUUUAAGUCAGCAGAAGGAAAGCUCUAAAAACAUCCCCAGACCCAAAAGCCCGUCAUCUAGUCCGCUUCAUAAGGUGAAAAAGACGAGCAAUAAAAGUGAGGCAAAGGUCAGCAGUUUGUUUGAAGAUGAUGAUAGAGAGACCAUAUCACCAAUGCUGAGGAGUAAAGAUGGGGCCAUGCAUGAUGACAGGGGGCCUAAGAAAGAAGACUUGGAGCUGAUUAAUAAACUGAUAGAUGGAUUUAAAGCAUCUAAGGCACUCUUUACAGCAUCCAAGUAUUGCUUGUUCGACCUGCUACACACAAAGCCUGGGCUGGAUGCAGAGCAGGUUUCCCAGGAGAUCAAAGCCUCUGUGAAAGGGACUGAGACGCUGCUGGAAGCUUGUGUGUCACUGGGAUUGAUAAAGACCAAAGAUACAACAGAAUGCCCAAAACCUGUAUUUGAGAACACAGACCUGGCCACACGUCUCCUGCGCUCAGAUGCAAAUUUUUCGCUGCACGCCUACAUUCAGCACUGUAACGAUAAAAUAUGGCCUCUUUUCACCCACCUUGAGAGUGCUGUGAAGGAGGGAACCAGCCAGCGAGAGAAGGUCAAGAAAUUCAAAGAGAUCAGUCAGGACUCUCUUUGUAGCAGCGAAGAAGCCACACUAAGAUUCAUGCAUGCCAUGCACAGCUCUGCUAAAAUUGCAGCUACUGCUGUGGCAGCGGCCUUUGACCUCUCUAAGUACAAAACAGCUUGCGACGUGGGAGGCUGUACUGGUGCCGUUUCAUAUGAGCUGAUUAAAAUCCACCCUGAACUUACUGUAACCGUGCUUGACUUGCCCUCUGUUGUGGAGAAGAGUGAACCUUUCCAGCAGCACACAGAAGAAAGGGUUACCUUCAAAUCAGGAGACUUUUUAACAGAUGAAUUGCCAAAAGCAGACUUGUACAUCCUGGUGAGAAUUCUCCAUGAUCUGACUGAUGAGAAGCUACAUAUUCUGCUGAGGAAAAUCUCAGAUGCGUGCACUCCAGGCUGUGGCCUCCUGCUGAGCGAGAUCUUUCUGGAUGAAAACAGAAGCGGUCCGAGUCGAGGGCUGCUGCAGGCUCUCAGCAUGAGCGAGGGGAAACAGCGAAGCGCGGCAGAGUACAGUCGUCUUUUAAAGCGCCAUGGUUUUCUAACAGCACAAGUAAAGUACACAGACAACCUCCUGGAUGCAAUGCUGUGCAUCAAAGCAUAGCCAGCUGCAGCUAUACAAUCAUCUCAAGCUUUGUCAUGUAGGUUAUGGUGUAUGUUGUUGAAUUUGGCAUUAAACACUAAGUUGUUGUCUAUCUUUUAUAUCAAAACAACUUAUUUUACUUUGCUCUCUUUCUGCGUAAAAGAUAGAAGAAAAAAGUAUUUCUACUUCCUGUAUCUCAUAUGUUGAAUAUGUUUGCGUUCUUCCGGAGAUUAAGGAUACAGCCCCUGUAUUAUAAUCUCUAAUUAUGGAGACAUUCGACAGGUGUAUAUUCUUCCACGGUGCUUUGUAAUAUCCAUAUAUCUGGCUAUAAAGUUUACAUGCAUUUAUGUAACACAAUGGAUCUUUGCACAGCUAUAUUUGCUGUAUAUGAAGGGAUAUUUUUGGUUUGAUUCAACACUGUAGAAUCAAUGUAAAAUUUUUCCUCUGUUAUUAGAAAUGCACAAGUGCAAAUUAGGUAUUGUUUUUUUAAUGUUUGAGAGCAAAUUCAAAUGGUGACAACAAAAUACUUGACUAAAAAUGGAUCUGUUCAAAUAAACUCUAAACCAUAUAGUGGGUACAUCAUUAUUUGUUGACAAGAUUUACUGUGAAGGUGUAAAAAGGAUAAGAAUAAAGGUUAAACAUUAGUCACCAUGUUUGAAGGUGUUAAAUGGAUAUAUUUAAUAUUUGAGGGUUAGAUACCUAGUCUCUUUCUCUGUCUCUAGGAUAAAAGCCCAUCAAAGACCCGAUGUUCAGAUCAAAAUAAAUCAAUGUACACCAAGCAUUCACCCUGAUAGUGUCUACUUAG